AUGUCUCUCAUCGGCUUCACCUUUGGCUCAUUCGGUGACAUCGUCACUAUAGCACAACUUCUGCAGGGCAUCAUCGCCGCUCUGAGUGAAAGCAGGGGCGCAUCUUCUGAGUAUCAAAACCUCAUCUCCCAGCUACGCGCGUUUUCCGACGUUCUGCGUUCUGUUCACGACACUAUCUUUGAUCAUAACAGUGGACACCCUCCGCUUUCUGCUCAUACGGCGCGCUGUCUUCGCAAGGAACUCGAUGGAUGCCAUUCACAGCUGCAGAGUGUUCAAAAGCGGAUACAUGGAUAUCAGAACAGCCUGCGAAAAGGCGGCUCGGCAAGUCGGAUGCGGGAUUCGUGGCGGAAGAUUGGCUGGGGGCUGUUUACGAGUGGCGAUAUAGCGUAUAUGCGGAGUGAACUGACUGAGCGAAUCGCACGUAUCAAUACCUUGAUAUCCAUUUCCAACAGUCGAGCUCUUGGUAGCAUGGGCACCGCAAUGGUCGAGGUGUGCCGAGUCAUGGAUAGAAAUAUACCCGAACUCUUAGGCUAUGCUUUCGCCGACCAAAGACCUGUCCGUUUUACCGACUUCUUAGGAAGAAAUAUCCUUGUUCCUUACGAGCUCUGCGAAACUCGGAGCCGAUUUGACGGGUUUCUGGAGUGUUACUUCCGAGAUCGGCCAAGAAUAAACUAUAUAACAAGACACUGUGGACUGUUUGUAGAGUUGGAGGCCGGAAGUACAUUUUCUAGUUGGACGCACGACAUUGUACCUGGGAGGCGAUUGUUUAUGCUUGCAAUUGUUCCCCGUUUGGAUGGCCCAAUAUGUCUCCUUUGUGGUGAUUGCUCGAAUUCCGUCGGCGCUGAAGAAAAGCUUUACGUAUGUUCCUCCUGCCACAGGACCAAUUGGAUUAGCCAGAGCGUCCAAUCCUUUUCUCAAAGUAGUUCUUUCACAUUGCGAGCUUAUCUUGAGCACAUCGGCCAUACCUUCAAUCGCAUAGAGAACUCUUUCUCAAUCGGCCAACAUGAGGUCGUAUACCUCCCAUGCGACGAUGCCGAAGACGAUCCGGACGUCGUCGAAAUUCGGGAGCAGUUCCGAAGGACCUGUGUUAGUCCGCUCUACGAGCAUUAUGGGAAGCUUUUGCCUAGAGAUACAUUGGUAGCGACAAUGAAGCUAAGCUGGCUGAGCAUUGAAAUCCUGUGCUCUGGUAUGGCGGUGGGUCUAUGGGGCUUAAUCCGGCAAUUCAAAGCGUUAGAAGCAGCAACCGGAAGAAAACGUUACCGUGCACUUGUCGCAUGGAUAUGGAUGGUAGUAAACACUACACAGUCUGAAUGCAAAGCCCUCUGGAAGAGCAUGGCGCUGGACUUCAUCUAUACAUAUCAUCCAAAGCUUGGUGCGACAUUGGGUCAGAAUGUUACCAUCGUUGACAUCUUAUUCGCUCUUGGUACCAUGCCCGGCCCUGUUGAAGACCAUUACUCAAGCAUGUGUUUUCUCUGGACUGCGUACAACUACUACGAUUCCACUGAGCACAUCAAAAUCACCAAGCACGACAUGGGGCUGGCGAUAUGCCGUUUAUAUUUGAGAAUCGGUCUACGGCAGAAGGCCAUUGAAGCGUACCACGAAGCCCUGGACUGUCUCCCUAGCUACCGAGUAAAAAGAAUAUGUUGGGAGUCUGGGCUCUUUCCUGUAAAAGAGUGUUAA